CACGUCGGGCACCAGAAGGGAAAGCUGAGCCAAGUAGGCUGAGGGUGACCCGGGCAGGACGGGCAAUGGCAGCCGAUUCACCCUGCAGCCCAGGCGGCGGGGCCCCGAAUGACACAUUCAUGCUUCAUAUUCUGGAGGUGGGGCUUCUUGCUAUGGGAGGAGUCUGCUUUCUGUGUUUUAUCCUGUGGUUGUUACAAAGAAGGACGGCGGAUCCCCAUGUUACUGAUAUUCCAAAGCUACAAGCUCCGAAGAUGCCACAAAAGCUACAGAAGAAGCCAAAAGUGCUCAGUAUCAGGCAAAGGAUUCGGAGGAGGAAAUGGGAAUCACCUUCAGUCCAUCACACAGAACCUCCCCCUGUUCCUCUCCUAAAGCCGGCAGCUGAGCCACUGGCCCCCACACUGCCCCCUGAUGUACUGUACAUGCUGCAGAGUGUCAGAGUCCUUGGUCACUUUGAGAGGCCUCUCUUCCUUGCACUCUGCCAGCAUGUAGUAUAUGAACACUACGAUCCUGACCAAAUCGUGUUUUGCCCUGGGCAACCGGACUCCAGUAUUUACAUUGUGUUGGAGGGAAAGCUGGAGCUGUCACUGACUGAUCCUGAUGGAACAUCAUGGAAUAUGAAAUCCAUUUGCCAAGGGGAUAAUGUGCACAGUCUUCUCAGUAUCCUGGACGUGCUAACGGGACACCAGCGGCCAUACCGUACAGUCACUGCGAGAGCUGUUGAGAAGAGCACCUUAUUGCGGCUUCCCGUAGAGGCAUUUUGCACCAUCUUUAAGAGCUACCCACAGAGCUUGGUUCGCACGGUGCAGAUCAUUGCACUGCGCCUGCAGAGAGUCACCUUCCUUGCUCUGCACCACUACCUGGGCCUGACCAUUGAGCUCUUCCAACCUGAAAAGCCUGAUCCUGCUCAGACUCAACAGCCAAAGCGCCCACGGUUGCUAAGAAGUGUGACGCAUAACGAAGAAGAUAUGUGUAAUCUUGAAGAAAAGAACCCCCCACGCAGAAGAGCGCCACAGCUGGGGAGCAGUAAGUCGGCUCGUUCCUCAGGCUUCUGGCGCUCUCUGGAUUGUGAGUUGGAACAAUCUCAGGCCUUUGAUUCAUUGCAUGACAAUGAGACUUCCAAGCCAAAUUCAUCUACGAAUACAAGGCCUUUGGUGACCGAAAGCGAAAAGGCCAGAGAGGAGAGGAUGAAACUUAUAGAAUCGGGCAAGAAGCAGAUGGCACAAUUGUUGAAUUUGAAGAAUGUUGGCUUGCUGGAUGACAGGGUGACUCUUCAUCAUGCCAAAGCUGAUACGGUUAUUGCCCGGAAGGGGGAGCAGGGAGUCGGAAUGCACUUACUGCUUUCUGGAUGUCUCCAUGUAUAUCAGGGCGUCACUGGUCGAGAAGACUGCUAUGUUUUUGAGACAGGCCCAGGAGAGAUGAUAGGACAACUGACGGUUCUUACUGGGGAGCCCCUGAUCUUUACAAUCAGAGCCAUACAAGACAGCACGUUCCUAUGCCUGAGCCGAGCUCACUUCUACCAGAUUCUGCGCUCCCACCCACAUGUCCUCCUCACAGUUGCCCACUCUGUUGCUCGUCGGGUUUCUCCCUUUGUGCGGCAGGUGGAUUUUGCUAUUGACUGGAUGGGAGUUGAAGCAGGAAAGGAACUCUAUAGAAUGGGGGAUCCAUCUGACUGUACCUACAUUGCCCUGAACGGGCGUUUACGUUCUGUUAUCCAGCACCCAGAUGGGAAGAAAUGUGUGGUCGGAGAACAUGGUCGGGGAGAACUGAUUGGAAUGGUGGAGGCUUUAACCCACAGGCCAAGAGCCACAUCGGUCCAUGCAGUGCGAGACUCGGAGUUGGCUAAAGUACCAGAUGGAGCACUGUCCUACAUCAAAAAGAGAUACCCUCAGGUUGUAACCAGACUGAUUCAUUUUUUAAGCCAGAAAGUCUUGGGAAACCUACAGGAACCACAGGGAGAAUACAUAGACCCAGGUAAUCUUGCCAGCAACCUGUGCACAGUGUGUGUGUUACCCUGCAACAGUAAGGUUCCUCUGACUGCAUUUACCCUGGAGCUGAAACAUGCCCUGAAUGCUAUAGGCCCGACUCUGGUUCUUACUAGUGACAUCAUCAGAGCGCGACUUGGGGCCCAUGCAUUAGAAAGCACACAUGAAUGCCAGCUAUCUACUUGGCUGGCUCAGCAAGAAGAUCUCCAUCGUAUUGUCUUAUACCAAACAGAGCCAUUGAUCACAUCCUGGACUGUGCGCUGUAUCCGCCAGGCAGACUGCAUUUUGGUGGUUGGAUUAGGGGGAGAAGAUCCAGCACUUGGGGAGCUAGAAAUUUUUCUUGAGAGCUCUCCGGUUCGGGCUCUAAAACAGCUGGUCCUUCUGCACCACACUGAGGGCCCAGCACCCUCUGGAACGGUGGAAUGGAUAAACUUGAGGAGCUGGGUCUCGGGACACUUUCAUAUUCAGACGCCCAGACGGGUCUUUACAAAGAGGCCUCUACACAAAGUGCACGAGCUGUAUAGUAAAGUCUUUCAGACAGAAGCUGACCGUCACAGUGACUUUUCUCGCCUUGCGCGCGCAUUAACCGGAAAUACCAUUGCUUUGGUACUGGGAGGAGGUGGAGCAAGAGGCUUUGCUCAUGUAGGAGUGAUAAAGGCAUUGGAGGAGGCCGGAAUCCCUGUGGAUAUGGUUGGAGGGACGUCCAUGGGGGCUGUGGUUGGAGGUGUUUAUGCAGAAGAACUGAAAGCAGCCCAGACCAAGCAUAGGACAAGUAAAUGGGCAAUGGCUCGACUUUCAAUGCUACACUGCAAAGCCUGUUUGGUGAAAGACAGAUUCAGGACUUGUGGCUGCCAUAUUUCUGCAUCAGUACUGACAUCAGCGCUUCUGCAAUGCGAGUUCACAGAGAAGGUGAGAGUAUUCCCCUAUCCCUAUAGAGACAAUCAUGUGCCUUGCUGUGACCCUUUUCCUUCUACAGGGUGUUUAUGGCGUUACGUCCGUGCCAGUGCUUCUUAUACGCCUUACCUUCCCCCACUUUGUGAUCCUCGGGACUCUCAUCUACUAUUGGAUGGCUGCUAUGUCAAUAACCUCCCAGCCGAUGUGGCUCACUCUCUUGGAGCCCGUACUGUUCUUGCAGUGGAUGUUGGCCAGCAGGACAAAUGGGACACAUGGAACUAUGGGGACUCUCUGUCUGGAUGGUGGUUACUGUGGAAACGUAUCAACCCAUGGGCAGAAAAAGUCAAGGUCCCAGACAUGGCAGAGCUACAGUGCAGGUUGUCUUACGUGUCGGGGGUCAAUCAGCUAGAACUGGUCAAGCUUAGCGGAUACUGUGAAUACCUGAGCCCCCCUGUCCAGCGUUUCAGCACAACCGACUUCCAUCGAUUUCAAGAAAUAUAUGAUGUGGGCUAUGACUAUGGGAAACUUAUUUUCACUGAAUGGUACCGUGGGGAUGUUGUUGAAAAGAUGCUGCAGGACCGAAGUGCUCUUGAAUUUUACCAACAACAGGAAGGGGUUACCAGUGGGGUCCCUGGAUUUACUGACCUUGCAGAAAUUGUGUCUUGCAUCGAACCUGUGACCAGCAGACAUCUGUUCCCAGAGGAGCAAGAGGGUAAAGAUGAAAUCACAUUAGGACAAGACAUGGAUGGGUCAAUAGAUGGGCAUGCCUGUGAAACAGAUGAAGAAAAGACCUUGCGGUUGCAAAAUACCAGGUUCUUGGCCAAAUAUACCGAACGGGAUUAUCUGACUAAGCAACAGGUGCUUUAGCUAGAGACCUUCAAGACCUCGCUCCUCUGGAACCCAGUAGAACAUGGCUGCAUAGUUCUCCCCUCCAUGACAGAGGCCUGCAAAAUACUGCUGCAUUUAUCCUUUGCUCUCGGGAUCUUUCAUUUGGUCUUCUCCAGCCCUGACCUAUGGCAUUAAUCCAUGAUAGGUUGGUUGACCAACUCUGCUCUGCUGCCCUGUCCUUCGGAAUGAAGAGCAUCGCUGUUUGUUUCUGGCCAGCCACUAAAGGAUUCCUGUGCAGCUUCAGGAAAUGAACAGUGACUUCAGCUGCACAGAAUCGGUUAUUUUAAAGAAACAGUACAACAUUUCUAACUGAAUUACAUUGCAAAUAUGCUUGUUUAUCGUUUUUUGCCUUUACAUCCCUUUUAAUACAGUGCAGUUCCGUUUAAUAAAUUAACUGACUGGAGCAGUCUUAUAGACUGUCGCUUUGUUCCGUAUAUGGACAUAUUGGAUGAUGAUUAUAUAUGGAUUAUUAAGAUAUAAAUGAUAGCACUAUUUGCAUCUAUCACUUUGCAUAUGUUACACUUAUGUAGCCCACUUUUGCGGAUUCAGUGCUGCUACUUCUAUUGUUUGGCGCAACAGGAGCCCUGAGCCCCGCUUACUAUGGGGGACAGCAAUGGCGUGCCUCCACCCAGGGAUGAUUCUGUGGGACUACAACUCCCACCCUGGGAACUUAAUGCUGUAGUUCAACCCCUCAGGGGAUCCACUCUACUCCCGGCAGUUUUGCCCCUCCCUGGGGUAACUUCUUACCGGCUUGGUUAGUGGUCCUGGGUAUGAAUAAGCUGAACACCGAGGUAUAUAAUGAAACAGAUGGAUCUUUAUUUGGGCUGACCUCUCCAGGAGUGUAAUACAUGCAGUCAGGGCACAUCCACCAUUUCUCCACUCGUAGAGAACCUCUCUCAAAGGGUUACCCACGGUACUCUCGCCAGAUGAUCUUAUCUAGGAGUUCCCCCCGGUACUCUCACCAAGAGACCCUCUCAUAGGGCUCUCCCCGGUACUCACGCUAGGCAGACCCUCCACAAAGACUCACCCCGGUACUCACGCCCAGGCACCCUUUAUUAGGACUCUCCUAUCUAGCAGGGACUUUCUCCCUCUUGCAUAACCACUGUAUGCCCUGAUCUUCCAGCUGAUGUAAUGCUGGAGGGUCUUAACCCCUCUACAGUCCUGGAGGGGCAAUGGCGGCCUAUUCUUACUAUAACUUCCUACAUGGCACUCCUAGAGUGUUCUAUAACAUGAAAACUUCCUAUUUAACCUGUCCAGAGGCAAUCCCCACACUCAAUCUCUCUCAGCACAUGGCAGCACCCCUUUAUAUAGGCUUAUGCACCACCCUGUGGCUGUAACCCGAACUGCAGGGAUACUCCCCAUUAACUAUUGAUGUCCCAGACCAUACCAAGUGUCCCUUUACCAUUACCACCCUGGGGCCUGUCCUAGGGGUAUCCAUCCUGUGAGGCCUAUUUUAUUAAACCCCUACACUUAUUAAUAUAUAUCUUUGUAAUGUUUGUAGUGCAUUAUUAGCUCAUUUAUAGCUUUCUCUCCACAACCAGCUGUACUUUUCUCUCUUAUCUUCCCUUUCCCACUAGAACUUCAAUACUUUUUCUAGAUGUAGGAACAUAUUGUAAAUAAACAAAUUUCAAAGUUUUUAUCCAGAGAAUCCUGAACACCGACACAUUUUUGCUUAUUUUGUAUAGUGUUAUAUAUAGCUUCAUAUGUUCUUUACAAAUGUCUUUCAGUUUUGGUUGUUACUGUUAGUAUUUUAUUCAUAUUUAUACAUUGUGAUCUGUGCUGUUUUAAAGAGUAAAUACCAACAAUAAAAAUAACUGUGUAUUGAA